UCCUUGACAGGUAAAUCAUAUAAGCUGAUCACGACAUCUACGUAGCAAGCAAUUUUGUCUUUCUUAGCUAGUAAUUUAAAGAUAAAUUUAAUUACUAAGUGCACUGUAUGUUCUAUUAAAUACUGAGAAUUAAUAAACUAUUUCAACGGUAAGACGUGUGCAGAAACAGUCCCACGAGGAGGCCCACUAUGAAUAAUCGAUGUUAUGGUUGCGCUUCCAAGUUCAAUAUCUUCAAAAAAGAGUUGGGUUGCAAAAACUGUGGGCGCUCGUUCUGUUGUGGGUGCCUGACAUACAGUGCAUUGGUGUCACGUUACGGCAAUACUGAACAGAAAGUCUGCAAGCAGUGUCACGGGAAUCUCACAAGUGGAAGAAAAAAGAAUGAUGCUGCAAGAUGGUCCCCACCUGAAAACUACAAAAAGCGGGUUGCUGCUCUUGAAGCCAAACAAGCUACAAACCAGUCUUCAGAUCAUGGAAGUGGAAAGAAUAGCACAUUAUCUUUUAUUCCAACCAAAGGCUUAAGUAAGGAGGACCAGACCAUUGCACAGCGACUCCAGAAGCUAAAAGAGGAUACCAAGCCAAAGUUAGUACCAACGGAAAAGGAGAUUGAGUCUCGCCUCGCUGCUUUGAAGGUUCCAGUCCACCCGGUGCCUUCAGCUAAAGAGAUAGAAGACCGUUUGGCAACAUUGCAAGGAAGAACAGCUCCUUCCCAAGCACCACCUCCUGUUCACCAGCCACCUGAUACCAGGACUCAGAUGGAACAGGCCAAUGAUUUAAUCACACAGAUGACAGAGGAAUUUGCCAUUGACAACCAACAGCAUCCUGAGGCUGAUAGUUCGGAGGCUUCAGUCAGCUCCCUGAACAAUCUCAACAAACGCGAUGCCGGGAGCAUGGAUGAGAACCUGGAUGAUGAGCGGCUGACUGUCAAGUGGCUAGAGGAGGAGAAGAGCCGCAUGCUGGCCGAAGCCAUGGAGGAGCUUGGCCAGGAGGAGCACAGCCAGGAGCAGCUGCUUCUGAUGGCCAAGAGGUUGGCCCUGCUGCAGGGACAUAACCCAGACCAUGUUACCAUGACAGAGUUCCAGCAACCCGAUAGUGAAGAAGAGACAGAAGAAGAAUUCAUCAGCAGGGUUUUAAAAAGGCUGUCAGAAGAGGCUGCUUUAGAUGAGGCCAGUGGUUAUAACAUCCCUCCAGAGCGAAGUGGCCCAGAAAACAUAGAGACACACAAACCCAAAUCCAACAGGAAGCAUAGCCGAGUUCAGUCGUCUAAUUCCAAGCCUCAAGCUACCGCCACUUUGUGCCUUGGCUCAAACAGUGAGGAGGAGGAUGAAGAGGAAGAGCUGCCCUGGUGCUGCAUAUGUAAUCAGGAUGCCAGCAUUCGAUGCCACACAUGCGACCGAGACCUGUACUGCAACCGUUGCUUUAGGGAAGGCCAUGACAGAUAUGAUCGAGAAGAGCACCGUACAUCAAGUUACACUGCCCCUAAGAAAGCCAAGCGAAGCACAUAACUUCAGGAACACUGAUAUUUUCUUUGGCUAACUGUAUCAUACAGAUAACCACCAUUUUAGGACUGAUGAAGGCAGGUAUUGUAAAUUAUUAACUUGCUAAAAAAUCAUGGCAUGGGUUGUGAAAAUGUCUGAUGUAUUUCUUUCGUAUAUGUAUUUCAGGUAUUUUCAGUCUGGUAAAUAUAAAAUAUCACAGCUGAUGUAAUUAUCCCAGGAGCAAAGUAGUCUUCAGUAAUAUUUAGUGUCUGUCUUAGGUUAAUGAGUUAUCACUGGGUUUUGGUUUUAGGACUUAAAAUGGGGGAAUGUUAAAAUUAUUUAUUUGUUGAAUAAUGUUUCUGGAAAAUGCAUAAAUAAUAAAUAAAUCCUUCACCUCA